AUGGAAAGUGUCACUUCCUGGACUACGUUUCCCAGCGGCUCCUCCCGGCGCUGCACAUGCUCGGUGCGGCUCCCGGCGACUCCCGGCAGCUCCCGGUGCAGCUCCCGGUGCAGCUCGCGGCAGCUCCCGGUGCGGCCCCCGGUGCGGCUCCCCGUGCGGCUCCCGGUGCGGCUCCCGGUCGCACGGCCGAGUCCCGGGGCUGAGCCCUGCCCAUCCCAGCCUCACCACCGGCCCGGGCCCCCCCCACCCCGAGCCCCCGGCAGCAUGCCCCGCGGGCGAGCCUGGACGCAGGCGGAGGUCAGCAGCCUCCUGGCGCUGGUGGGGGGCUCAGGGGAAGCCGCCCUGCUCAUGGCCUCCACGUCGCGACCCAACGAGGCACUAUGGCGGGAGAUCUCCCGGGGGCUGGCUGCGGCCGGCUACGGGCGCAGCGUGGCCCAGUGCCGCUCCAAGUGGAAGGCGCUCAAGCAGGCUUUCCACUCGGAGCGGGAGACACGCCGGAGGGCCGGCUGCCACUCGCUCCGCCUUCCCCCACACUACCGAGCCAUGAAGAGCAUCUGGAAGGCAGCCGGACGGCCCGUCUUCGGCGAGCGGAGGAUGCCCGACCUGGUGAAGCUGCCCCCCAGGAAGCGCAGGUCAGCCCUUGCCGCCCGUUCUCCAUCCUCACCAGAGCCGCCAGAGCACGACGUUGGGGGGGACACCUCUGGAGUGCUGCUGUCCCCACUACUGCAGUGCACGAAGGAUGAGCCAGAGAGCCCCAGUGGGGACCACAUCGCUGGAGUGCCGCCUGCUCCUCCCGCCGUGCCACACACUGGAUGCUGCUUCCCUCCCCUUCCCCUUCUGGGCUGUCGCGCCACGCUGAAGCAGGAAAGAGCUGAGCAAAAGCCUGGUUUUCCUGGUGAGACGUCCCCAGGGAUGGGAAGAGGAAACCGAGUGCUGCCAGUGGCCGCUGCAGCCCCAAGCUCCCCUGGGAUGGCUGCUGUGAGCGAGCAGCCAGCAGCGGGUGAAGAGGCGUCGGAUGCGAGUCUGCAUGGCUCCAGCGUGGCAGGCUUGCUCCAGAGUGUCCAGCAGCUGCUGGUGCAGAUCCUGCAGACGUCGCGGCAGCAGCAGGCGCUGCUGGAGAGUCUGGCCAGCGACACCGUCUCCCACCUCCACCUCCUCUCCCACAGCCUGGUGCAGGUGGGCGAGACCCUGCACCAGCUCCUGCUCCGGCCACAGACCCACCCUGGUCCCCUCAGCCACUAUAUCCCCCACGUGCCCCUUUUUGAGGGCAGCCCCAGGGUGCCCUGUUCCAGUGCCUCUCCCCACACCUCCCCAGAUCACAAAGAGGAGCCUCGGGUGUCCCCUGCCGCCAGCUGCACCCCUUUGUGA